CGUUCAGUCCUUUUCUGCCCGGACUGAAAGUGCGAUGUUGUGAGCUCGCCCUUGGCGACAACACAACCCGAGCAACACAAUUGGCUCCUUUUUCUCUCUGUGUAGAGACUUCAGCUAAGGAAGGACUCUUACUGUGGUGCCAAAGGAAGACUGCUCCUUACAAGAACGUCAACGUGCAAAAUUUCCACAUCAGUUGGAAAGACGGUCUUGCUUUUAACGCCUUGAUCCACAGACACCGACCAGAACUCAUUGAAUAUGACAAGCUCAGAAAGGACGAUCCAGUCACGAAUCUGAACAACGCUUUUGAGGUCGCGGAGAAAUACCUUGAUAUUCCCAAGAUGUUAGAUGCAGAAGACAUCGUCAACACGGCCCGUCCUGAUGAGAAGGCUAUUAUGACCUAUGUCUCCAGCUUCUACCAUGCCUUCUCUGGGGCGCAGAAGGUACCAGAGACGGACGGCGGGGGGUUUUUUUUCCCCCCCAUUAACCGCUUCUCUUCUUCCCAGCAUCCUGGCUUCCUUUGACUUCCCUUGGAGAGGGCCGCCGCUUGGAGCCACCUGGGAACCCAGAUCUCAGCUAGUUCAGGACAAGCUUUAGAAAGGCCCAGGGCAGAAUGUCUACG